GCACCGUGUCCAGUGGAAAAGGAGUAACCCUAUCGAUCGUGAUCUUGAGAUGAACUGAGGCACACAUGUAGGCUCUUUCCGUGUGUCUCAUUUUGUAAUAAUUAUCUGUGAUACGGCGAACCGUGGUUUGCAAUAGUUUUGUCGCUCCUUCGGCCAAUGAUUGUGUGGUUUUAUUUUCCCCAACGCUGGCCGGUUCUGUCUGAAAGCAAGCAAUAUCUGCGUGCUCAACACCAGUGACCAGUGACUAUCGUAACAGCCUUCGACCGGAAGUGUCUGCCCCGGACUAGUGUGCGUCAGUGAAAAGGUGCGUGGUUUCGUAUGCAAAGCUGCGUAAGAAUCGCUCCAUUAGAAUCGAAACCGGGCGACCGGUGCAACGACAAGGCUUUUGAAGGUUCGCUUUUCGGGUCCACGUGGUUAACACUUCGCCGACGUUGAGCUCGCUUUCCCCAACCCACAACAACGUGGCAUCGCGUGGUGUGCCAGUCAUCCAGUGACCAUGGACAAGGACCAGCAGAAACAACCGUUGGUUAUCGAGUACAGGAAAAACUAUGGGACGUCUGCCAGCUCACAGCCGCCACCGUCCCCGGCGAACCCCUCGGACCAGCCACCCCAACGGUCCAUCAUCUAUUGCGUGCACGGACAGCUGGCCAACUCAUGCUGCGAGCUGCCAAACGAGCUCAGCAUCAGGAAGAUUGACUCUCACUGUCACAAACCCCGGGCGGAAGGGAUCGAUAAGAUAGCGCGAAAGAAGCUCCUGCUGGCCAGCGUGCUUUGCAUCAUUUUUAUGAUUGCAGAGAUAAUAGGUGGUAUUUACUCGAACAGCCUCGCCAUCGCGACGGACGCGGCGCAUCUGAUGGCGGACUUGGCGAGCUUUAUGAUAUCGCUGCUAGCGCUGUGGAUAGCGGCUCGCCCAUCCACGAAGCGGCUGUCCUUUGGCUGGUACCGGGCGGAGGUGAUCGGUGCGCUCGUGUCGGUAUUAAUGAUCUGGGUGGUGACGGCGAUCCUGUUCUACCUGGCGGUACUCAGAACGAUCCACCGAGACUUUGAGCUCGACGGCGAAGUAAUGUUGAUUACUUCCGGCUUAGGAAUACUAGUAAACGUGAUCAUGGGCGCAACGCUGCACCACCACGGACACAGCCACGCCGGCGGCGGCGGCGGAGGCGGCCACCAUAUCCACCAGGAGGAGGAAAACAUCAACGUCCGAGCCGCGUUCAUUCACGUGCUGAGUGAUUUCGUGCAGAGCUUGGGCGUUUUCAUAGCGGCUCUGGUGAUUUACUUCAAACCGGACUGGAACAUCAUCGAUCCGAUCUGCACGUUCGUUUUUUCGCUGCUCGUCCUCGGCACAACCAUUGCCAUCAUGAGGGAUGCCAUUGUGGUUCUCAUGGAGGGCACCCCGAAGUAUCUCGAUUACACCGAAGUUAUGCAAACGUUCCUGCAAAUUGAGGGCGUCGUAAGAGUACACAAUCUGCGCAUUUGGGCCCUCAGCAUCAACAAGAUAGCGCUCGCUGCUCAUUUGGCUGUCGAACCGCAAACCAACACCGAGCUGGUGCUGCGCGAGGCCACCCAAACCGUGCACGCCAAGUAUCGGUUCUUCGAAACCACGCUCCAGAUAGAAGAGUUUCAGCCCGAUAUGGAAGAUUGUAAUCAGUGUUCGAAUCCAAUUUAGUAAACGCGGAUCGGAGGCGCUUUGCCGAAGGCCGAGGCAAACCAUCGAGCGUGCGGAGUAGGGUUUUUCUCUCGGAAAAACUUAAACAUCCCACGACGAAAUAAAGCCAUGAACGUUGGCGUUGGAGGAAAAAUCGCCGUAUUGUGGGUGCUCGAGGAAAAUAGACACUGCAUAAGUCGUGCGGGGUAAUGUGGGUCACAUACAAAUCGCCGGUGAAGUGUAUGUAAAACUGUAUUAAAAGUCCUACCAAACACGGGUGUUUUGAAGGUGAAGCAUAAAAAUUACUUCCAGUGAACCAUCGUCGGC